AGAUUUGUCAGUGAAGUCAGUUCAAAAAUCAAAAAUCCUUUUUAACGCUGACAAUAAUUUUUAUUACGAAAUGCUCAAAAAAAGAUCAACUCCCAUCUAUCAAUAGUUGGUUACAUCACUUUAAAAAGAAAUGAAUCCCAAUUAUAUAUCAGACACAUUUUAUCAUAACUAUCAUGAACCUCGGAGUGAACUGAGUUCACCCAUAACAGGCGCUUCAACCUCUUCUACUCAGAUAACUUCAAGGGAUUCAAUGUGUACUCGAACGUUAAUGAACGAUUCACAUGUAUAUUCAUCUGAAAGUUUUAAUAUAAGGACUAUCCAAGUUGUCAAGGUGGAUAAACAACGUCCAGCUGACGAAUCUAUCAUAUCAGAACAUAUGUGUAAUAAUAUUUUCGAUCUAUACAAUCUGCCGAUUGAUUUAACAAUGAAUAAUCAGGAGAACCAAACAAAUUUGGAUAAUUCAACAUCAUCGAAUCACCUUUAUCCACAAGCCUAUUGUAUGAAUCAAUUUCACUCUGACAAAAGAUACAAAAGAUGCCUAAGUGAAUCUACUCAAAACAACCCUGUAAUACUUCCAUGUAUAUUUUGUCAAACUACCCACAAAUCUGCAUAUGAACUAUCGAAUCAUUUAAAGCAAGUGCAUCAAGUAGAUCUCGAUCAAUUUACACCUCGAAUUUAUUAUGACCUUCAAGGUGUGGAAUUAAACACACAGACUGAUGAGCAUAUGAUUGAAGCGAAACAGUUUACAAUGGAAAAACGGUUGAAUCAUGACUCAAAAAAUGGAAGUGUAGAAGAUUUGCAUUUCACUCAGUAUCCUUUCAAUCCAGUUGCUUUCGUUAGCAAGACAAGUAAAUUAAUUAAGGAUGAAACUAACAGAAGAAAAGUGUUUUAUGGAAGACAUGAUAUGUGCGAAUAUUGUGGUAAAAUAUUUCGAAAUUGUAGUAAUCUCACUGUACAUCGACGUACUCAUACAGGCGAAAAGCCAUAUCAUUGUAAUUUGUGUUCAUAUGCAUGUGCUCAAUCGUCAAAGCUAACAAGACAUAUGAGAACGCAUACUAAGCAAAAUCACGUUCAUCGGGAAGGUAAAUUGAACUCCACUUACUCUGUACACUUAGAAGAUUAAUUUGACGGAAGAAUUCAGUGAAAAUUAUUGCAAUAAAAGCUUCAAAUUACCUGCUACAUAUGAACAUCAUUUGGAAAGAUGCAAGUGAGGUGUUUGAAACACUGAACUUAGCAAUUUCAUAUAACGUAGAUGAAUGGCUAAAUGUAAACAUUGCCUUACAAGUAAUUGUGUGCGUGAAGAAUGUAGGAGGAACUAAUGGUAGUUAAGUGAUUGUUGAAUAAUUUUGAAGUUGUUAGAGAAACCAAAUCAAAAACUUAUUUGUUUCUACGUAGGCGCCAAAUUUAUCUUUUACCACUAGUAUCGCGUGGAUGCAACUUGAUUAUAAUAAAGCUUUUU